AUGCUGUGGCAAGAGGCGGUUUUGUCUUUGGCAGAACGGGGUAAUGAACAGGCGACGACUUUUGUCUUCAACCGGGCAAUCCAUGCCUGUGGUCAGGCUCGGCGCUGGCAGCAGGCCUUGCAACUGUUGGACCAGCUGCAGCAAGAACGGCUUCGACCCACGACAAUCACAUACAACUCAGCAAUCGGUGCAUGUGAGAAGGCCGGUGACUGGAAGCGCGCCUUGCAACUUCUUCAUGCGCUAUCCGAACAGCCGCUGUCCUCUACCCAAGUCACCUACAUAGCAGUGAUCAGCGCCUGUGCGAAAGCCGAGGAAUGGCAGUCCGCCCUGUUCCUCUUGCUUGAUCUUCAGCAAUCUCGCGUGCAACACAAUGUCGCGAUAUGGAAUGCAGCGAUGAGUUCCUACAUUAGUCGCGGGCUUUGGCAGCAGGCACUUGACAUCCUCGCCGAGGGUUUAUGUCGCCAGCAAGUCGAGGCGGAUGUGGUCACCUACAAUGCAAUGAUAAGCACAUGCACAAGAAGAGGGCAGUGGCAGCUGGCUCUAUCCACUUUUGCCUCCCUAGUGAGCCUUUCCCUGCAACCCGACCUUGUCACACUCAACUCCGUCAUCAGCGCUUUCGGUGCCGCGCAGCGCUGGGAGGAAGGCUGGGCCCUGCUCCUGGAGAUGCCAAAACGGAACUUCAAGGCUGAUUCCUUCACCUUCACGGCGGCCAUCAACACAUGCCAGUCUGGGCAGUGGGAGCUGUCGUUGGCUGCGCUAGAGUAUAUGAGGAUGCAGGCUUUGCAGACCGAUGUGGCCGCAUAUAAUGCGGUCGUUAGCACUUGCGGAACUGCGUCGAGGUGGGAGCAGUCCCUUCAAGUCUUCAAGGAGUUGCAGUUCAUCCUGCAAGCGGAUGUCAUCACCUACAGUGCAGCCAUCAGUUCCUGUGGUGAGGCCACCCAGUGGCUGCAGGCCCUGACGCUCCUUUCAGAGCUCACAUUGGGACGCCUUCGUCUCGAUAGCUUCGCUUUCAGCUCUGUCAUCCGUGCAUGUGGGAAGGCGGACCUGUGGGAGAAGGCCCUGACGUUGCUAUCCCAGCUCCCGCGACACCACCUGCAGGCCGGUCAGGUCGUCUACAAUGCGGCCCAGGGAGCCUUCGUAGAUCACUGGCAGAUGGCAGUGGCCCUCUUCUGCGAGCUUCUGUCGCAGAAGCUGGGAAGUGCCACCUCAGGUGCAGCUGCUAUCACGGCCUGUGGUAGAGCUGGUCUCUGGAAUCUCGGCUUGUGCUUGUUGGAGGAGCUGCGGAAGCAUGUGGUGAAGUUAGAUGAGUCUGUGUAUCUGGCGGCGGGCAGAAACUUCCUGGGACCCUGGCAGCGAGCUCAAGACAGUCUCCGGACUCUGCAGCAGAGCGGACUGCAGCCGG